AUGACGCCACCGGUGCCCAAAGCCAAUCUCCCCGGCCAAGUGAGUUCCACACCCCCGGCACCCAAGAGCCCCAAGAGCGUCCCGGGCACACCACAGAAGGGAGGAUCCCCAGUGAAACGGAUCAGCGCGCCGCCGUCACCAAAAGCAUUGGCAAGGGCGGUUUCUGCCGUUCCAGCAGCCACAGCUCGAGGCCCACGAAGUCCUGCAACGCGAGAGACGAUGCGAAUGGAGGAGUCGGUUGAAGCUGCUGAGUUCACCCUGGAGCAUAAGAACAUUGCGCGAGACAAGAAGCUCCAAACCGCCAAAACAAUGCCUCUGCGAUCCAGCUUUGAAAGCGAGACAUACGAGGCAUUGCAGAAGCUUCACAGUGAUGCCAAUCUGAUCAGGGAGGUCUUGGACGAUAAGCACAAACUCCAGAAAUAUUCCAGGUCUUGCUUCAGCAACGCAGAUGUAAAUGGAGACGGUGAACUCAGCUUUGAGGAGUUGCUGCAGUGCAUGCAGAAGAUGAACGCCGAGCUUGGCAUUGGAAAGUUCACGGAGCGCCAUGUAGAGCACUACCUGCAGCGUUUCGACACGGAUCAGGACAAGCUCCUGAGCCAAGAGGAGUUCCAAGAGCUUUAUCGGGUCCUGCUCAUGGUGAAGCUUGAAGAGGUGGAACCUGUGGACUUCUCUCGCAACAUGUUCAUCAACCGACGCAAGGGAAAGCCAGAAGAUGAUUACCGAGUUCAGGGCAUUGUUGGCGUGGGAUCUUUUGGCGUGGUCAGAAAGGUACAGUGUCGAAGCACGGGAGCCACGCGAGUCAUGAAAGUAGUGGACAAGCAGAAAGCACUCAGUGGAGGCUACCCGCUGAAACUGAUUAUGGAGGAAAUCGACAAGCUUCGAACCUUGGACCAUCCUGCGGUGCUACGUCUCUUUGAGUACUGCGCGGAUGAAAGGAAUUUGUACCUCAUCACCGAUAUGCUUCCAGGAGGAGACCUGCUUGAUGCAGUGGAGGGCUCGCACAAUAAGAAGAAGUACUUGGAGGAGCCUUGGGUGAGGGAUGUCUUCCGGCAAGUCUCUGAAGGAGUUGCUUACUGCCAUGCAAAGGGAAUCAUGCACAAGGACCUGAAGUUGGAGAACAUCAUGUUGGCCUCGGUGGAUCCUCCGGAGGCGGUGGUCAUCGACGUGGGCCUGGCCGAGCUCUUCCCCGUCUCUGAGGCCGAUUCCUUCCGCUCGGCGGAUCCGGCGGGGACGUUGGCCACCAUGGCACCGGAAGUGGUGCGUGGUAGCUUCAAUGCGAAAUGCGACGUUUGGUCCUUGGGCUGCUGUUUGUACGCGCUGCUCUGCCAUCGGCCUCUGCGCCUAGAAGACCAUCUCAAGGGAGAAGGCGGAACUCAGACCGUGGAGCUGUAUGACUACUUCUACCCCUUUACUCCGCCCCCAGACGAGUCACGUCAGGAGCUGAAAGCAUACUUGGUACGGCAGAAGGAAGGCCCGAACUUAAAGAGGUUGGAAUGCUCGGACGAAGCCAAGGCCUGGAGUUUGGUUGGGAGCCGCAAAGGCGUCUUGGAGGAGGUCCAGUCAGAGCUGGCCAAUGGUGAGUCUCCCAACACCUACCUGGCAUAUGAUGGCAGUACUCCCCUGAUGGUCGCAGCACGAGGUGGCCAUGCCGCUGUGGUUCGCGCCUUGUUGGAUGCCAGGGCCGACCUGACUGCGAGGUCGGAGGAUGGAAGUGAUGCCUUGUUGCACGCUGCGAGUGGGGGAAAUGUGGGGGUAAUCCAGGCCCUUUUGGAAGCAAAAGCUGAUGUCGAAAGCGUUAAUGAAGAUGAGGUGUCGCCACUACUUCUUGCUGCUCACUAUGGCCAUGCCGUUGCUGCAAAGGUCUUGCUCGAAGCGGGGGCAAACUCUCAGUACAGGGUCCCAGGGUGGGAGGGCGUGGAUUGCCAGAAGCUGCUGAACAGCCUGACGACGACGACCCCCUCCCGACCCAAGGCUAGUGAGCACUUUGGUUACGAAUGUUUGGACAACGAUCUUGCAGAGGCUGCCUUGAGGGAUUACCACCCUGAGCCAAGUGAGAGUAAUUGGCCCAGCUGGGCCAGUCAUUGCUGGCUACACAGUUCCAAGGCUUCAGGACAGAUCUCCACCGAACAGCUGGAGAGCCUCCUCCAGUUCCACCGGAUCAAUCCCUUAGCUCAGGCAGUUCUAUUGGACCUCUCUUCUCAGCUGCCAUUGAAACAACUCAGAGAGAUGAUCAGCCUCUUCGAGUCCGUAGACAAGGAUGGCAAUGGCAUGUUAGACGAGGCGGAGCUGUCGGAGGCCUUGAAGUUGGCUGGCCUUGGAGCUGAGAUGGCGCUGGAGGCAGCCAAGCGCCUGGCCAAAGGUGCAGGCGGAGUGGUGGAAUUCUCUCGCUUCGUGGCUGCCUUGGCCCCUGCCUCUGCCUUGGUGGAUGUUGAGAUGCUGCGCAGCAGCUUCAACCGGCUGGACGCCAAUGGGGAUGGAUAUGUGAGCCGCAGCGAGCUUCAACGGCUCCUGGAACGCGGGGCCAAACCCAUCUCAGUGCCGGAGGAAGAGGUGCCGCCAGAGAAAAAAGCACACGCGGCCGAAAAGGCGAGACAGGCCUUUGAUGGGACGGCUGCGGAUCUCCUUUGCAUCCUUCCAGCGUCACUUGGGGGCCUUUGUUGCCUAGUGUGGAUGCUGCGCUGUGACUGUAGCGGCCUAGAGCCUCGAAAGAGGCAUCAGAAGAUGUCACUGAAUUUGACCUCCUUGAGGAAUUCGGCCCACCAGUGGUUCAGACGCGUGAGCACCAACAUGACUUGUCAUCAAACUCCACAGGGUGUUGCGAAUCUUUCCAUGCUGGUGUCCAUGCUGUGCAGAACCAUGCGUUUCCAAAGGUCUUCUCCUAAGCUCGACGUUCCAAACGCCCGUCUGAUUUCACAAUCAUCUGAAAAGCAAGUAUUGACAGUUGAUUUGAAACCCAAAGGAUCCCAAAGGGAUUGA